AUGGCAUCCACAUCCACUACUCUCAUACUUCUAACUUUCAGCUUUCUUAUUUUCCAAUGCCAACCCUUCACCUUGACCGUGAAAAGAGAGUUUUCCGGGUUUUACUACGCGGAGGUCCACCUUGGUAAUCCACCGGUGAAGGCCAAUUUGGUUAUAGACACGGGCAGUGGUCCUGUUUGGGUUCAGACGACUCAGUGCGUCCAAUGCUUUAAUAUCACCUACCCUGGUUUCGAUCCAAAAAAAUCCUCCACCUUUCGCCCUAUGCCUUCGAAACACCCUCUCUGUGUCCCAAUCGAGCUCCAACCUGAGGGAGCCUAUUGUGAGUAUGACAUAGGUUACGCCGGUGCUCAGUACACCCGCGGCUACUACGGCAUCGACCUCUUCACGUUCAACACUGCUGUAGCGGAACAUCAAGAAACCAUCGAGGUUGCGUUUGGCCUUGGCCUAUUCAACAAAAUUCUGGACUUUGCAGACCACGACCACCACCCCAAUAUCAUGGCCGGGGUUCUCGGAAUAGGAAGGAUCCACCCCUCCAGCUUUCUACUGCAGCUCAGUGCAAUCACACAAAUGAAGUUCUCGUACUACUUGCCGAGGAGAAACGGAGAUGAGGCCGCCCUGCAUUUCGGCAUCGAUGCGGAGCUCCGUCAUCAUGCCAACGUGCAAACAAUCCCCAUCCUCGGGUCCGACAAUGAUUUUUACUACGUCAACAUGACAGGAAUUAGUGUGGCUGGAUCAGUUCUUCCAAUAGACCCGGCGUUGUUCAGUUAUGCCGGCAUGGGAGUUGCCAUAGAUUCGGGGUCGCUGUACACUAUGUUCAUUAGCCCUGUGUAUAAGAUCGUGAAAGAGUCAAUCAUUGCCUACUUUGAGGAGGAGCUGCAGCUGCAUCCCUUGGUCAACAAGAGCAGGUCCCAGAUGGACCUUUGCUAUGACCUCAGAGAGGUCAAGAAGGCUGUUCGAGGAUGGCUGUCCGUGGCUUUUCACUUUGAUGGCGGGGUAAAUCUUCAGCUCACCGAAUCUUUGACGUUCCAUGCAUUCCAUGACCUUGGAGAGUACUGCUUGAUGAUCAACGAAGGCAGAGAAGUCGGAGGGAACAUCCUUGGAGCAUACCAACAAAUGAACCGCAGGUUCUUCUACGAUGUUGGUGCGAGGAAACUAUCUUUUGCUCCAGAGGAUUGUUGA